AUGCCGGUCGACGCGCGCGUGCGCGAGGGUUACUUUUUCGGGCGCGCGUGCGCGUGCGCGCCGCCCACGAGCUGGUGGCGCGAUGACGCCGAACGCGCCGCGCGCGACGCCGCGGACGCGCGUCGACGCGCGCCGGCGCUGCUGAACACGUUCACGAAGACCAAAGUACCGUUUAAACCGCUGAGCGGGAACUCGGUGGGGUGGUACAUCUGCGGACCGACGGUGUACGACUCGGCGCACGUGGGACACGCGCGCAACUACGUCAACUUUGACGUCUUGCGCAGGGUGAUGAUGGAGUACUUUGGCUACGACGUGCGGUUCGUGAUGAACGUGACGGACAUAGAUGAUAAAAUUAUCAUGCGCGCGCACACGAGACGGGCGGAGGCGGUGGUGAAGGCGGCGAGGGAAACGGGCGAGACGAGACUCGGAGCGGAGACGCUGGCGGUGGAAAAGUUGUUGGCGGAGGGUGGGAAACCGUUAGGGGCGCUCGAUAGCGCCACGCGGACGCUGGCGAACGCGGUGAAGGCGGCGAUAGGAAGCGGGAUCGAUGCCGAGCACUGUUGCGCGAAAGAUUGGACGAUUCAGGAUGGAUACCUGACGCUCGCGCACCAAUUCGAAGCCGAGUUCAUGGAGGAUAUGAAAUCCUUGGGCGUGGCGCGACCGGACAUGCUGACGCGGGUUUCGGAGUACGUGGAUAAGGUGAUUUUGUACAUUCAAGUCAUCAUUAACAAAGGAUUCGCGUACGAGUCCAACGGCAGCGUGUACUUUGACGUCAAGGCUUUCGAGGCGGCGGAGAACCACAAGUACGGCAAGCUGAAUCAAAACGCCAUGGAAAACAUCACGGAAGCCAUGGAUGGAGAGGGCGCACUCGAGGCGGAAAAGAGCGAAAAGAAGUGCGAUUUUGACUUUGUGCUUUGGAAGAUGAGCAAAGACGGUGAGCCGUGCUGGAGCUCGCCCUGGGGUAUGGGUCGCCCGGGGUGGCACAUCGAGUGCUCCGCGAUGUGCAGCGACAUUCUCGGUCAAUCCGUCGAUAUCAACGGUGGCGGGAUCGAUUUGAACUUUCCUCAUCACGAAAAUCAGCUCGCGCAGUCGGAGGCGCAUUACGAUACCGAACAAUGGGUGAACUUUUUCAUCCACACCGGUCACUUGCACAUCGACGGGUUGAAGAUGAGCAAGAGUUUGAAGAAUUUCAUCACCAUUCGCGCGGCGCUCAAGAUGUACUCGGCGAGACAAAUUCGGUUCUUAUUCCUGCUUAACCAGUGGUGCGAUCCGAUGGAACUCACCCCAGUCGCUGCGCCUGAUGGAUCUGGCGUCAUCGGCUUUAAGCAGAUGGAUCUCGCGCUGAGCAUCGAACGCUUGUUUGUGGAAUUUUUCCACUCCAUCAAGGGCGUGUUCCGCACCUCUGGAAGUUACCACGUCGACAAGCAGCAGACUUGGAACGAGCGCGAGCGCGAACUUAGUGAUGCGCUCGACACGUCUCAAGCCGCCGUGCACGAAGCACUCAUCGACAAUAUCAACACCCCCAACACCCUUCUUGCACUGCAAGAUCUCGUCAAGGCGACGAAUAAGUACCUCGCGGAGACAGGCAGCGUUGAUGUUCGACCACUUCUCCUCGAACGCGUGGGCAAGUUUGUCACGAAGAUCCUUAACUGCUUGGGCGUGUGCUUAGACACCGGCGCGGUCGGGUUCCCGGAGUCUUCGGAGGGUUCGUCCGAAGGUCGUGAAGAAACGCUUUCACCGUUUCUUGAUUUGAUGACGAAAUUCAGAGACGACAUUCGCAAGCUCGCCCAAGGCGGGGCGUCCGCGAAGGAACUUCUCACCGCGUGCGACAACCUGCGAGACGUCGGGUUACCAGAGCUCGGCGUGAAGCUCGACGACAAGGAGGGCGGUGCGUUGUGGAAGCUUUACGACGCGGACGAGUUGAAGAAAGAAAUUGCGCGCGAGCACGAAGCCAAGGAGGAGAAGGAAAGAGCGAAGCGCGCAGCCAAGGAGGAAGCGGCGCGCAAGGCGGCGGAAAAAGAAGCCAGGGCUAAGGUUCCACCGAGUGAAAUGUUCAAGACGUUCAGUGAAUACGAAGGAUUGUACUCCAAGUACGACGACGACGGAGUGCCGACGCACGACGCCGCGGGCGAGGCUUUGGCGAAGAGCGCGGCAAAGAAACUGCUCAAGUCGCGCCAACAGCAAGAGAAGGCUCACGAAACGUACCUCGCCAAGGCGGGCAUGGAAAAGCUCGCAGUCUAA